AGAGUAGUCCGAUGCGACUGCCGUCGUCGAUACCACGCUCGCGAUUGCGCCCGUCCCGCGGUGAAUGCAUAUUGAGCGAAUGGAAUGAUUGACUUUAACCAAUGACAUCAAAAGCUACGUUCCGCAACCAGCCGGAGCAACUCAUGCACAUGCAGGCAUGGAGCUAAUUCUUGUUCCUGUGCAACUCGUAAGAGCUCGCGGUUAGUGACGUAUAAGUUACCACUAUGAACGCUCAGAUGGUGUAGGUUGUCACGGUAAAGUCUCUUCUAUCAUCUACUGGCGAACGUCAACCAAUUUGCCGUCUUCUGUCCAUACACCAUCCGGGCCGCUGACAAGCUCUAUCACGUCCACAAUGGCGUCGGACAAGGCGCUGCAUACUCUGACGGAAGAGCAGGACAAGUGGUCGGUCUACAGCAGUACGCGCUCGACCGUCACCGAUAAGCCACUCAGCGAUGAAGAGGUUGACAAGCUUACUCGAUACAUGAACGCCACGCUAUACCUGUGCCUGGGCAUGCUGUAUCUGAAAGACAAUCCAUUACUGCGCGAGCCGCUGAAGAAGGAGCACAUCAAACCGCGCUUGCUCGGUCACUGGGGCAGCGAUGCUGGGCAGAGCUUCACCUACAUCCACUUCAACCGUAUGAUCAAGAAGUACGACCUUGAUGCCUUUGUCAUCUCCGGUCCAGGCCAUGGCGCGCCUGGCCUCAUCUCCAACUUCUACCUCGAAGGCGUCUACAGCGAGACGUAUCCCAACAAGAGUGAGGAUGUGGAGGGUCUGCAGCGGUUUUUCAAGCAGUUCUCCUUCCCCGGCGGGAUUGGAAGCCACAUGACACCGGAGACCCCUGGCUCUAUACACGAGGGCGGUGAGCUUGGCUACUCGCUGUCCCAUGCUUUUGGAGCCGUCUUCGAUCAUCCGAAGACCAUUGCUCUGACGAUUGUCGGUGACGGCGAGUCAGAGACCGGCCCGUUGGCGACAAGCUGGCAUAGCAAUAAGUUUCUCAACCCCAUCACCGACGGCGCAGUACUGCCUGUGCUACAUCUGAAUGGCUACAAGAUCAAUAACCCCACCGUCUUGGCGCGUAUCUCCGAAGAAGAGCUUGUGAAGCUCAUGGAAGGCUACGGGUGGAAGCCGUACAUCGUGGCAGGUCACAAGCUGGACGAAAUGCACCAAGCCAUGGCCGCGACCGUGGAGAAAUGCGUGCAAGAGAUUCUAGGCUACCAGAAAGAGGCUCGCGACAGCGGUAAGGCGUUCAGACCUGCCUGGCCCAUGAUCAUCUUGCGAUCACCGAAAGGCUGGACUGCGCCUCGUAAAGUGGAAGGCCAGUUUCUAGAGGGUUUCUGGCGUGCCCAUCAGGUUCCGCUGACGAAAGUCUUGACCGACGAGGAACAACUUAAGACGCUUGAGCACUGGAUGCGCGGCUAUGAGCCUGACAAGCUCUUCACAAAGGAAGGCAAGCUUAUUCCAGAACUGCGGGCGCUGGCACCAGAGGGAAACAAGCGGAUGUCAGCAAAUCCCAUUACUAACGGUGGCCUCAUCCGUUUGCCGCUGAAGCUUGAGAAGUUCCAAGGCUGGUCCAUCAAGGUCGACAAGCCCGGCUCAACGAUGGCGCCGUCCAUGAGUAAUUUUGCAGAGUAUCUCACAGACGUCAUGAAGAAGAAUCCGACCAACUUCCGUGUAAUGGGUCCGGAUGAGACGGAGUCGAAUAAGCUCUCUGCAAUCUACAAGGAGAGCAAGAAAGUCUGGAUGAACGGCUACUUACCUGAGGACGAGGACGGUGGCAAUCUUGCACCACAAGGUAGGGUCAUGGAGAUGCUGUCCGAGCACACCUGUGAAGGCUGGCUUGAAGGCUACAUUCUUAGCGGCAGACACGGUUUGCUCAACUCGUAUGAGCCCUUCAUCCACAUUAUUGAUUCUAUGGUCAACCAGCACGCGAAGUGGAUCGAGAAGUGCCUGGAGGUGAGCUGGAGGCAGCAGGUCAGCUCGCUAAACAUUCUUCUCACAUCUACUGUGUGGCGGCAAGAUCACAAUGGGUUCACUCACCAAGACCCUGGCUUCCUCGACGUCGUUGCAAAUAAGUCACCCGAGGUUGUCCGCAUUUACCUACCACCAGACGGCAAUUGCCUGCUCAGCGUCAUGGACCACUGCUUCCGCAGCACGAACUACGUUAACGUGAUUGUUGCCGACAAGCAGCUACACCUGCAGUACCUGAACAUGGAAGAUGCCGUCGCUCAUUGCACAAAAGGUCUCGGUAUCUGGGAAUGGGCAUCGAACGACAACGGCCAGGAGCCAGACCUGGUGAUGGCUUCCUGUGGCGAUGUUGUCACUCAAGAAGCUCUCGCAGCCACCGCCCUGCUCAGGCAAUACCUUCCAGACCUCAAGAUCCGCUUCGUCAACGUUGUGGACCUCUUCAAGCUUAUGCCAAAUGGCUACCACCCGCACGGCUUGACCGAGGCCGAAUACGCCGCCAUCUUUACCGACAACAAGCCUGUUGUGUUCAACUUCCACUCAUACCCUUGGCUCGUGCACCGCAUGACAUACAAGCGCAUCGGCCAGCACUUGAUGCACGUGCGUGGCUACAAGGAGAAGGGCAACAUCGACACUCCUCUCGAGCUCGCAAUCCGCAACGAGGCCGAUCGCUUCAGUCUCGCUAUGUUAGCCAUUGACAACUUGAAGGGCUUAUUGGGUAACCGAGGUGCUGGACCGAGGGAGAAGCUCUUAGAGGAGCGGAUCCGAAGUAUGAACUAUGCAUAUGAGACUGGGCUAGAUCCGCAAGAGUUUACGGAUUGGAAGUGGCCGUUUUGAGGCCGUGAGGACCGUGAAUGUGCUGGGGAAGCGGCCUAGCGACGCCAAUGAGGCAGGUUGCCUCGUAAUCAGAGGGAAAGCGGCGCGGCGAGUGU